GUGUUGUGGGAGGGUCCUUAAACGCGCUGAUCAAGCAACACAACUGACAUCGCCUGUCUUCUGCUCAAACUGGUAGUGUUCUCGUGUUUAAUUGACAGUAAAAGCACCAUGUCAGCAGCCCUCGAGAAGCCGCAGAUCAUCGCACACAUCCAGAAGAGUUUGAACUACACGGUGUUUGAGAGCAGAUGGAUUCCCUGCAGCGCAAAGUUUGUGUGUAUGGGAAACUUCGCCAGAGGAACCGGAGUGAUGCAGAUCUACGAGAUCCAGCACGGCGAACUGAAGCUGGUCAAAGAGAUCGAGAAGCCGAAGCCGAUCAAGUGUGGCACGUUUGGAGCCUCGUCUCUCCAGCACAGGCAUCUGGCCACCGGAGACUUCGACGGAAACCUCAACGUCUGGAACCUCGAAGCGCCGGAGUCCCCGGUGUACUCGGUCAAAGCACACAAGGAGAUCAUCAACGGUGUGGAUGGAGUGGGAGGACUGGGCAUCGGGGACGGGGCCCCGGAGAUCCUCACCGGCAGCAGAGACGGAACAGUGAAGGUGUGGGACUCCAGGCAGAAAGACACACCUGUGGUGAACAUGGAGCCGAUGGAGGGGGAAGCCAAGAGAGACUGCUGGACAGUGGCUUUCGGUCACGCGUUCAACGACCAAGACCGCUGUGUGUGUGCUGGAUAUGACAAUGGUGACAUCAAGUUAUUUGAUCUUAGAAAUAUGUCUUUACGAUGGGAGACAAAUAUCAAGAAUGGGGUAUGCUCUGUUGAAUUUGACAGAAAAGACAUUAACAUGAACAAACUAGUGGCAACAUCUCUAGAGGGCAAGUUUCAUGUGUUUGACAUGAGGACCCAGCAUCCCACCAAGGGCUUCGCUUCAGUGUCCGAAAAGGCGCACAAGUCUACAGUAUGGCAGGUGAAGCAUCUACCUCAGAAUCGGGACAUCUUCAUGACGGCUGGGGGAGCGGGUAAUCUACAUUUAUGGAAAUAUGAGUAUCCAGCCCAGAGGACUAAGAAGGACUCAGAUGAAGUAGACAUGGGUGUUGCUGGGUCCGUGAGUCUCCUGCAGAACGUCACCCUGUCCACACAACCCAUUUCCAGUCUGGACUGGAGCCCCGACAAGCAGGGUCUCUGUGUGUCCUCUUCGUUCGACCAGUCUGUGCGAGUGCUCAUCGUGACCAAACUCAACACAGUCUGAGCUAAC